AUGAUAGAAUCUCAACGAUUAAAUUGGGUGAGAUUUAAUCAAAAUAAGAUCAGAGCUGAGGUUUAUUCUGGAUUACAUGACGCAGUAGCUAGGGGCGACACCGAAGCUACAACAACUGGAAAGCGCAUCAUAUUGCCAGCUUCAUACAUGGGAAGCACACGAUACAUGUUCAAUAAUUGUCAAGACGCUAUGGCAAUUUGCAAGAGAUUUGGAUAUCCAGAUUUGUUCAUAACUAUAACAUGCAACACCAAUUGGCCAGAAAUCAAGUCGUUUGUUGAGUCGAGGCGAUCCCGCCCAGAUGAGCGUCCAGAUAUUUUAGUUCGCAUUUUUAAGAUGAAGGUGAACCAGCUGAUUAAAGAUUUCAAAAAUGGUCAUUUAUUUGAAAAAGUGGAUGCAAGCAUGUAUACAAUUGAAUUUCAGAAAAGAGGACUUCCUCACGCGCACAUACUGAUUUGGUUGCAAGGAGAAAAUAAGUUGAAGACUGGGGACGACAUUGACAAAGUCAUCUCUGCCGAGCUUCCUGAUCCAGUGUAUGUUGUGCCUUACAAUCCCACGCUCCUUAUGAGGUAUCAAGCUCACAUAAAUGUCGAGUAUUGUAACAAGUCCAAUGCUAUAAAAUAUUUGUUCAAAUAUAUCAACAAAGGCGCAGACCGAGCAAUGCUUGAAAUUUCACAUAAGGACAACGAUGAUCAAGCGAAAGAGCCAAUGGAUGAGGUAAAGCAAUAUUAUGAUUGUCGUUAUCUUUCUCCGUGUGAGGCAACUUGGAGAACAUUUGACUUUACCAUACACAAACGAUGGCCAUCUGUGAAAAAACUAAAUUUUCAUCUUCCAAAUGAAUAUUUGGUAUACUAUAAUGAUGACGAAGACGUUGGAGAUGUUCUAGAAAAGAGUGGUAAAAAACCCACAAUGUUUAUGGCUUGGUUUGCAGCUAAUGAAAAAUACCGAGAAGGGCAGGAUCUAACAUAUGCUGAAUUUCCCAGUAGAUUUGUUUAUCAUAACAAAGAUGGAAUCUGGAAACCAAGAAAGAGGGGUUUUAAAAUUGGCAGACUACAGUAUAUCCCUCCAGGCAUCGGCGAGUUAUAUAUCAUGAGAAUCCUACUAACUAUGCAAAAGGGUUGUACAUCAUAUAGAAGUAUCAGAACAGUGAAGGGAAUAACAUAUGAUACUUUUAAGGAAGCAUGCGAUCAAUUGGGAUUGCUAACAGAUGACAAAGAAUAUAUUGAUGCAAUUAAAGAAGUCUCUGAUUUAGCUUCCGGAGAACAAAUGAGAAAACUCUUUGUAAGAAUGUUGAUGAUGAAUUCAAUCUCAAAACCUAUUGAUGUUUGGGAAGCAUGCUGA